UAGGACAGCUGUUUCAUAUCUCGCGCGUGUUUGAUAUGUUUCUUGAUGAACAAAUAUUACCGUUAGACAAAUCCCACCAUUAUAAAUACAUUCCUUUCAGUUCACUGUUCACUCACUCACUCACUCACUCAUCACUCCCUCUAAGUCUAAUACUCUUCGUUGGGGCUGCAAUUACAACAACGUUUGAGGAUUCUUCUUCUAUCCUCUCUAUUUCUCUUUCCACUUUGCGACCCAUCUCAAAAAUUCAUUCUUUCUCAAAAAUUCAUCCAUUCUCACAAAUUUAUUCAUUCAUUUCAAAUUCAAUGACUUCUUUCACUAACAAUCCAUCCUUCCCGGUUGGUCUCAAAGUUCUUGCAGUUGAUCACGACAUCGGUGCUCUCUGCACUAUACAGGACAUAUGCAAUGGCUUGUGCUAUCAAGUGAUCACUUGUUGCACUAUUUCUGAUGCAUGGAAUUACUUGUUCAACCAAAACUUUGAUAUCAUUCUUAUUGAAGCUAAUAUGCCAAGCAAUGAUACUUUUGAUUUUGUUGGACAAAUUACUUCACAUUUUCCUGUCAUCAUGAUGUCUCUUGAUCCCACGCCUUCUUCCGUUAUGGAUUCUAUAACCCAAGGGGCUUGCGCAUUCUGGUCCAAGCCCUUGGAUGAGAACCAAUUUAAGAUCAUGUGGCAACAUCUUGUACGGAAGGCUUUGAGCGAAACUCAUGAACUUCCUCAAACCUUGGAGGUUAAAGGCGGAAAAAAACGAGGAAGAGAAGAUGUUGAUUUACCAAAACAACUGCUUCCAAAGAAAAGCCGUUUGUCAUGGACACCCGACUUGGACAAACAAUUCUUAUCGGCUGUGAAUCAACUCGGGGUUAAUAGUAUUAAUGCAACACCCAAAAAAAUUCUUAAGCUGAUGAACUUUCCCGAUUUGACAACAGGGCAAGUAGCUAGCCAUUUACAGAAAUAUAGGAAGUAUUUACAAGGGGAAAUCAAAAAAUCAAAGUUCAGUAGGCUAUCUGCUUUUCAAGGUCACGAUGAAAUUCCUACACAACAACAACAUUUGACCGAAAUUGGCGAAUGCGACAUCUUUUUGGACCUGUCCGAAUUGUUCCCAGAUCUUGUCGAUAACUUAUAAAAAUGUUAUGUCGUGACUAUUUCUGCCUGAGGUGGAAAUGAAGGCAGAGAAGGGCAAGAAUGGAAGUCCACAUUAGCAACCUAUGUUCUUAUCUUUAUCAUUAGUUUUACAUUGUCUUAAUGUAAUGUACUGUAGUUAAGCUUUAGGUAUUUUAGCCUUUUAGACCUUUGUUUUGAAACAAUGUCAUAUUGUAAAAGGUCGAUUUCUAUUUUCUGUUUUAUUGUUCAUAUUGAAUCCAUCAAUGAAAUCUUCUUUUUUA